GUUGCCAGUCUGUCCACUUCAUUUAUUCUCUAAAUAAAAUGGAAUCAAUACACAAAUUCACUUCACUUAAGAUUUACUAUAAGCACAUUUUUUGGAAUUUUAUAAAUAACUAUACCUGAAAUUGACAUUUUUAGAGAUUUUUUUGGUGAUUUUAUGCUUUCUGGUUGAAAAAGAUUAAUCAAUCAGGAUGGAUUUUUUUUGUUACGACACAACAGGACACAUAUCCCCUUUCCAGCAUCUCCACAGAAUUAGAGAAUCACUGCACCAAACACAAACAGAGGGCAGCUUCCAUUCUUCUCGCUCAGAGGCCACUGGUUUCACUUUGUACUUUGUGUAACGAGCACUAAGAAGCCGCAGCGGAGAAGACUGAGCUGGGAAAUCGCCAGUGUCAUCGAGCAGCAAGGCAUGAUUCACAGCCUUGACCCUUUGAUCAGCUACCGAGCCAGAGAACAGGCAGCCAGGAGGAGACUGCUGAUGGCACACGGCCUAAUCUUUAGAUUAUCCAUCAUGCUGCUCCACUGUGCCCACAGCUAAUUAAGAGAGGAAGUUGUGUUUUCCAGAACCACAUUUAAGUCAUCCAGUGUUUCUUUGGAUAAACUAUAGGCAUCAUUUUUUUGGUCAUUUUUUAAACCACUUUUUCGUACCAUUUAGCCACUUUUUUAUUUAAUUUUAUCUUGACAAGAAAUAAAUUCUAUAUGAACAUUUUUAUGUUGAAACUGAAUUCUUCGUAUAUAUUAAAAAUUAAAACUUUAAAGAGCAACUUGAUGUGUGGGUUGCUUUAUUUUGUUAAAAUUUUAUAGCACUUUCUGUGUUUGAAUAGUGCUGGUGUUUUGUUUUCAUCAGGGAAAGUGCUUAAAAUGUCUUUUAUUGUACUUUAUGAAACAAUUUAAGUGUAAUCAUAAACAGCAAAAACUGUAAAUUUGUUUGCUGGAUUGAAAAAACUUUUGUAAUUCAUUUAUUUUCCUUCACAGCCAGAGGAUAUUUCAAGUGUGGGACUGCGACCGGGACAGAAGAGGGAUCAAAACAUAUUUUUGUGUUUUAUGCUGGGAUCUCAACUUAUAUGUCAAACAUGAGAAACCGGAGAAUAUUUCAGCCCUUAGUGGCCGCUCCGCUCCUCCUGAUGCUCGUCAGCAGCUUGUCACACAUGUGGGCCUUUCCUUUUAGCCCAUCGCUGGACUUGGAUGUCACUCCCAGGACCACAGUCUUCUUCAAAGGGAUGCUGGGCAGCUCUUGUUUUAACGGCACUUCGCAGAACUACAGCACCCUGCUGCUGGAGGAGGAGGCUGGUCUGCUGUACGUGGGAGGCCGAGGUGCCCUGUAUGCUCUCAACGCCUCCAACAUCUCCACCUCUGCAAACCUCGCAAUUGAUUGGGAUGCUUCCCCUGAACAGAAGAAGCAGUGUCUAAAUAAAGGCAGAGACAACAAGACUCAGUGUUUCAACCACAUCCGCUUUCUGCAGCGGUUCAAUGAAACUCACCUCUACGUCUGUGGAACAAACGCAUUCAGACCGCUCUGUGCUUAUAUAGAUGCAGAGAGGUUUACCUUCUCCUCUGCAGUGGAAGAGGGCAGGGACAGAUGUCCGUACGAUCCAGCAAAGGGAUUCACUGGUCUUCUCAUAGAUGGUGAGAUGUUCACGGCUUCUCAGUAUGAGUUUCGGAGUUCGCCGGACAUCCGGAGAAACUUCCCCUUCCCCACUCUUCGGACAGAGGAAGCCCCCACCAGAUGGCUUUUGGAGGCGGAUUUCGUGGGCUCCGUGCUACUGAAGGAGAGCGUCAACAGCUCCAUCGGCGAUGAUGACAAGAUUUACUUCUUCUUCACUGAAGGAAGCCAGGAGCAGAUUGCCUACCCGAGUCAAACCAAGGUUUCCAGGGUCGCUCGGGUCUGCAAGACUGACUGGGGAGGCCAGAGGACUUUGCAGAGGAAGUGGACCACCUUUCUCAAGGCUCGGAUAGUGUGUUCAGUCCCAGAAUACGAGCUGCACGUCAACAUCCUGCGGGACGUCUUUGUCCUGAACGGCCGAGAUGCUCAAAGCAGCAUCUUUUAUGGCAUUUUCGGACUGGAAUGGAAAAAUAUCAAAGCCUCUGCUGUCUGCCAGUACGCCUUCUCAGAUGUACAUAAGGUCUUUGAAGGGCCGUACAUGGAGGUGCAGGACGCAAAGUGGCGGGAGUACACAGGAAAGGUUCCAGAGCCAAGACCUGGAUCUUGUAUCACAGAUCUGCACAGAUCCAGGGGCAUCAACUCGUCUCGAGAUCUCCCCGACAAUGUCCUCACUUUCGCCAGAAGGCACCCGCUUAUGGCAAACCAGGUGCAUCCGAUCGGCAUGCGGCCACUUAUGUUCAAAAGGAACGUCAACUACGUGAAGAUUGUCGUGCACAAGGAGCCGGCACUAGACGGAAAGAUUUAUACCAUUUUGUUUUUGGGAACUGGUGAGAUUUGGUCACAAUUUUCCAUGAAAAAAUCCCAGCAUGCCACAUGCUUGCAGGUGAGUCAAUGUUUUUUUUUUUUUGCAGAUAAUGGAUGGUUGCACAGAGCGGUUGACAUAGAUGGAGAAAUGCACAUCAUAGAAGAGUUGCAGUUGUUCAAUACACCUCAACCAAUAGAAAGCAUGGUCAUUUCUUCAGUUCAGAGGAGCAUCUACGUCGGCUCCCACUCUGGGGUUGUUCAGGUACCGAUGUCCGCCUGUCGGAGGUACACGUCCUGCUAUGACUGUGUGUUUGCCAAGGACCCCUUCUGCGGCUGGGAUGGAAGAGUGUGCGUGGAAAUAUCCUCCCGGUUGCAGAGGUCAAAUCUAACCCAGGAUAUUACAAGAGGAAUCAGAGGCUGUAAGGAGAAUUCAGGAAAUGUGGUCCAUCGGAGGCGUGCCGUUAUGUCCGGGGACGACGUCCUCCUCCAGUGCGAGCUGCGCUCCAACCUGGCAACUCCCCACUGGACUCUAAACGGGAAGGAGCUCCUCGGAUACGGACUGAAUUCGGGCUACCGCAUCGGCACCGACGGCCUCCUCAUAAUUGGCGCUCGGACCCAGCAGAGCGGCUCCUAUCGCUGCUUUGCUGUGGAGAACUCCGUCUCCGUCUUGGUUUAUCUUUACACAGUCAAGGUUCACACCGAUCCAUUCUUCCCUGUGGAGCCCACAGAAACAACCAUCCCCACCACAAUCUCCAGCUCAUCUGUGUUCUCCACCAGCAGCCCCACUGAGCAGCCUUUGCCGUCACCUCCUGCCCCCCUGCAUCCAGAAGUUGAAUUCCAAACCUUCAGACACAUGGAGGCUGUGUACAUCUCGCUGGUGGCGGUUCUCGGCGGUCUUUGCUUGGUGUUGACGGUGGUGCUGCUUUAUGUGAGCUUCUGCACCAGAAGGGGCCACCGUCGGAAGUUUCCCCAACAAGGCCUGCACGUCCUUGGAUCCUCCGACAGAAAGAGGAGCUCUCACCUGGAACUCCAAACCAUCUCCAGCUUCUACAACGGCCGGCAGGGCCGUCGGUCCAUCUCUGUUCCAACUUUCGGAGAUUUCAACGACAGCUUCCUUCAGAUCAUUCCAGGAGAGGACGACAUGUCUCCAGGUAAAUCACCUCCGCCUGCUCCCCCUCUUCCCAUGCCUCCUCCUCUUCCAAAUAUGGACUACGCCAACGGACUUUCUUCCACUUUGCCCACCGUGUUGAGAAAAAUCAACGGGAACAGCUAUGUGCUGCUGAGCCAGGCCGACCCUGAUGGGAUGUCGCCGCUCUACCACUCCUUCACAGAGGAGCUCAACAGGAUUCUGGAGAAGAGGAAACACACGCAGCUGGAGCUGCAACCAGAUGAAAGCUCUAUCUAGGACAUAUAUCCCCGUUCUUUAUUUGUGUAUCCUGUAGCUGCAGGACGAACUGCCCAAAAAUCUGCAGCUCUUGCUCUAAAAAACUUUACUUAUCUCAUGACUCAAAGCGGCACAUUAUGCGACCUUGAGAUCACUACUGGAUGUGAAAACUUUUUUUUUUGCCAUAAACUGCACAAACAGGAGCUUCAUGGGUGUUAAAAAGGGGGUCAAACUGCACAUUGAGCCAUCUUAUAACCAUGAAUUGUUUCAAGAAUAUUGAACUUUUCAGGACUUUUUUAAUAACAGUCCUCCUUAAAAGUACUUGUGCACCUUCGUUUUCAGCCGUAGUAGUCUCUAACCUGGAAGCUCAAAUGCUUUUAAUUGUGUUGGACACAGCCAUGGGUGAGCAUUUCUAAAGUGUAAAGAAGUUGGUAUUUGUCAGGCUUACCUGGAAGAAAUGUUAAACUUUGAGAGUUUCAAGUCCAGCAUGACUCAUCAGUCCACUCAAGCUGCUUAUGUGAAUCAGAGGAACUGCUGAAAGACUGACAUCAAAGGUAUUGUGCCUGAGAAGGAAGAUGAAUCAUCCAAUCCAUCAUGUCUUUUCUUAUGUAUAAAAAAGAAAGAUUUUUAUCCAGACGUUUAAAAAUCCUUUGAUUUUGCCCCAAAAUAAUGCAAUUUUUUUAAAUGUAUUUAUUAUUGGGAACCGAAUAGUGUUUUUAUUUCUCCAGUUGUAAAAUUAUUUGGGUUAAACAAUGCUUUGAGAUAUUUAUUUAUUCGUUUUUUAUAUUUAAUAUUAUUUUUUUAAUAAAGGACCAAAUAUUGAACUGAAGUCAGUGGGAAACUCAUAUUAAAACAUCACCAGUGACAAAUUUCUAGAUUAUUAUGAUAUAAAGAUUUAGCAGUUUAUUUAAAAUGAUAACAUUUUAUUUUAUAUGGCAUUUCUUUUGGACUAGAUGUUAGAAAGGUGUGUGGUUUUCUGACUCCUAAGAUUCAAGUUGCUCCAGUAUUUAUACUUUAAAAUUAUUCUAAAAAAUAGGUUUAAAAUCCAAAUAAACUUAAAAUAUAUAUAUAUAUAAAAAGCUAAAUUGCUUUGCAAUAAACUGAUUUUGAAAUCUAGAAAAUUCAUGACAUGUUCUGGAGGUGAAACACAACAAAAGAAAAUAUUUUUUUUGCUACUUUUCCUUUCCCAAAAAACUUUGCAGGCUUGUUAAAUUUGUUAUGAACAUACGUUAGUGAAAAACCAACCUCAGAAUUUUACUUAUUUUAACGUUUGUGAAUGUUUUUUGUGACUUUUGCUCAUUCUCUUUUUAGUAGGGAGCCAUAAUGGUAAAAACAUGAUACUUUUUUAGAGUUUCAGCUUCAGUGCAUGACAGAUGUAUUUCAGUGCAUUUAUUUAAGCCGCGCUAUUGUCAGUUUCCUUAUGUAAAUAGCAAUAAUUAUUGCGUUACUUUGGCAGCUGUUAGUAGCAAUGCUUUGUACCAAUGCCAACAGGAACACCUGCAAAUAUUAUUUUCCUUUUUUCUAUUUUUUCUGAUUUUAGUAUCUAUGGAAAAUAGAAAACUACUGUUACUUAUCAGCUAAAGUGACUGAAACUAUAGUUGAUGUUAAAGACAAUGGAAAAUAGCAGUAUUCGCUCAAAAAGAGUGGAUGAGGCGAUGUAAAGAAAAUGAUAAAUUAUGCUGUUUAUAUUUAUAUAAAUAAAUGAAAUAUUUGACAGUUUUAAA